AUGGCCGGCAGUUUCGGUCGCGGGCGCAUGUCUGUCGCGCCGGGAAGUGUCUCGAAUGCGUCUGCGGCGCGGCUUGCGGCGAAGCAGGCCGAAUUGCAGGCGCUGCAGAGCUUGCGCAACGAAUCUGCGACGCUGGCGCAAGAGAUGAGCAAGCUGGGCGACCGCGUCGAUACGCUCGUGCAGGGCGGUAGUGCGGUUGCAUCUGUGAUGGCGAGCUGGCAAGGCGUUUUUCGCGCUAUCCAAAUUGCACAAAGUACGUCGCAAACGCUUCUCACCGCAGCGGCCAUGGCAGCAUCGCAAGCGCUAGACAAGGAGGAGGAAGAGCGGCAAGUACCCGAUGCUGUUGUGCGCAUUCCUAUACAACAGGCAAGAGAGUAG